CAUCGUGGGCAAACCUGGGCAAACGUUGCAUGAGUGCUGGCGCCGAAGUCGUGGUGUUGCAUAGCGUUGCCUAAAGUUCUCGAAAUAAAUCGAGUGUCCGCAUUUGACGAAUCAUGAAUUGUUACGUGCGGUGGUGCUUGACGUGUAUACCCUGAAAUUUGUUCCUAGGGUGCCGUUUAUUUAUUUAUUUAUCUCCACUUUUUCACUUCCGUGUUCCCCAUCUUCAACAUGAAGUGUCAUUACGAAGUUCUAGGAGUGUCCAAAAACGUGACCCCGGAUGAGCUGAAAUUGUCCUACAGAAAACUCGCGCUACUGUGGCAUCCAGAUAAGAAUCCGGAUAAUCUUCAGGAGGCGACGGAACAAUUCAAGCUCAUCCAGCAGGCCUACGAUGUGUUGAGUGAUCCCCAGGAACGGGCCUGGUAUGACAAGCACCGUGAUGCCAUACUCAAAGGAGGUCUUGGUAGUGACUACAAGGAUGACAGUCUAGACGUCUACUGCUACUUCAACUCCUCCUGUUUCAGCGGUUAUGGAGAUGACGAAAAGGGAUUUUAUGCGGUGUUUCGAGAUGUCUUUCAAAGACUCGCUGCCGAGGAUGAACCCUACCAUGAUGACCCCGUGGUUGUACCAGGCUUUGGAAACAGCACCAGCCCAUAUGAUGAGGUUGUUGGCCCAUUUUACGGCCACUGGCAGAGCUACUGCACGGCAAGGACCUUUGCCUGGCUCGACACGUACGACGUCCGGACGGCACCCAACAGGCGAGUGGCGCGGCUCAUGGAACGCGAGAACCGCAAGGUGCGAGAUGCCGCCCGACGGCAACGCAAUGAGGAAGUCAAGCAACUAGUUCAGUUUGUCCGGAAGCGAGAUCGGAGGGUUCAAAGAAGAAAGAAAGAGCUCGAGGAGAAGGCAGCUGAGAGUGCUCGGAAAUCCGAGGCCAAGCGUGUGCAGAGGAUUUUAGAGCAGAAAAAAGCUAUGGAGAAUUAUGAGGAGUCUGAGUGGUGUUCGAUGGCGCAGCUUGAAGUCCAGCUGAAGGACAUCGAGGCCCAGCUGGACUCGCAGUUUGGUGAAGAAAACAAUGCACAGUCCGGUGGGACUGCGGAACAGCCAGCAGAGAAUGGUGCAGAAUCAGUAACCGAUGAGUCUGAGGAUGACGAUCCCGACGAACUUUACUGUGUGGCCUGUGAUAAGUGCUUCAAAUCUGAUAAAGCAUUCGCCAACCACGAGAAGUCAAAGAAGCACAAGGAAAACGUGCAGUUUCUCAAAGAAGCCAUGCAGGAGGAGGAGGCCCAGUUUGCUGACACAGCAACUCAAUCAGAAGAAACUGCCCCUGCCGAAACUCAAGACGCUGGAGACAAUGUCGAAACGAUGCCGCCGAAGACAAAACAUAAAAAGAAAUCGAAAAAGUAAAAUCCUUCAGAUUACGAGAACAUAAUGCGUUCUGGCUUCACCGCUAGCAUUUAUUGAAAAUGGCCUUGAAUGGAACUAUGCCUACCAGUGCAACUAGAAUUUGUGCACUGAAAGCCUUGUGCAAACGUGUUACACAGCACACCAUGGUGAGGUGUGUAUGUAUGUGUGUGUUUUCCCCAUAAAUCCUCACUAGAAACUGAAGCAGCAUGACUGAUACAAGGACACAAAGAAAAAACAUGCACUGUAGGACAAGUGCUGGGUGCCAGCUCAAUUUUUGUUCGAAGAAUUCCAGCCUCUUACAAUCGGCCCAAAACCAGCAUACAUGCAUCGGUAUUAUUAAGCAAGAUCAAAAGUGUUGGUAUCUUGUUUUCUGACUAUGCAAGAAAAGAUGUAUGUGCUUAAACAAUUAUCUUUAGCUUUUCUUAUGUAGAAUGAUUCUAUUUUUAUGUCUUUCCCAGUUUGUUUUUGUUGGUUUCAAAAAAUGGGAUCAUCUCAAAAGUAAGACUACAUGCACAAUUUUUACAAUGGCCAGCUAAAUGGCUUUCGUACUGAUUCUUGAAGUUAUUGUGCUCACAUGUUUGAUCAUUAUAACACUGCCCUAUUCAACACACGUGCACAAACACACACACACACACUUCUUUCGAAGUUGAUAUGCCUUCAAGAUUCACUAGCUACAAUUUGUAUAUUGAAGUAUGCGUCGUAACGUAAUUAACAAAAUUUUUAAUUACCAUACUUUGUAAAUUAUUCAUUUAAGUGUUUUGAUCUCUUGUAGAACUGGUUGCUGCCUCAUUGAGUUAUUUAGAUCAAGGGUUAGAAUUGUGCUAUUUGCCACAGGCUAUUUUUUGUAAUUUGGUGCAGAUUAAAAAAGAAGACCCUAUAUAUCAGCGCUACACAUUUCUGUAAGACACCAUACUAGUUUUAUUGCGAGGAUUGACGCAGUUUGUAACAGCGACAAUUUUGCUUCGUUAUCUAUAUUGAAUCCAGCCAUGGCCAGGUAGUGGUUUACAACUUAGUCGUCUAGACUUGUAGAAAAUUUGUGUUUGAGGGUAGAGCGCGAAAAGACAGACAGAAGGGUGGACACCACCAACAAGUGCGGACUCGUAACUAAUGUUUAUUGAGUAAACGCUCGUAAAGUAUGUGUCGCACUAUCUAUGGAAAGGCUUACAAGCAGUCACACACUACAUCACAAAAUCUCAAGCGAAAUAAAAAAAUGGAGGCAACCCU